GCGGUGCCGCCCGGGCACUCCAGCAGCGCGAUCGCGGCCGCUAUACCGGCUACCGCUCCUCCGCCCCGCACGAUGAACUCUGGGCUGCGGCACUGGAGGGAAGCGGCCACGCUGCUCCUGGCAGCGGGUGGGCCAGGGCGGCUGCCGCGCUCCCCUCUCGGCCCCUUCGACUACGAGGUGCUGCUUCUGCAGCGGAGCUCCCGCAGCGGCUUCAUGCCCAGCGCCCACGUCUUCCCGGGGGGGGUAGUGGAGGCCGCGGAUUUCUCCGCAGACUGGCUGGGGCUGCUGCCCGCCUCGCCUCUGUGCGGGCUCGGCCAAGUGAGGAGGCCGCCGCCCGGCAGCAGCCGGGCCCCGCUCUUCGCUACCGACCGAGAGGAGAUGGGCUCGCCGCUGCCGGGGGAAGUCGCUUUCCGCAUCUGCGCUAUUAGGGAAACGUUCGAGGAGGCGGGAAUCCUACUGCUGGUGCCGGAGCCAGGGCCAGCGGCGGCCGGCGGGCCGGUCCCCCUGCUGCCAGCGGAUCGCCUGCCCCCGGCCGCGGAGCUGAGUGAGUGGCGGCGGCGAGUGCAGCAGGAUCCGGCCUGCUUCCUGCAGCUCUGCCAGCACCUGCGCUGCGUCCCCAACAUCUGGGGCCUGCAAGAAUGGAGCAACUGGCUGACUCCCGUCGGCAGGGCAGGGCGCGGCGGCCGGCGCUACGACACCGCGUUCUAUCUGUGCUGCCUGGAGAGGCGGCCGUGCACCGCGCAGGACGGCCGGGAGGUGACGGCCUUCCUGUGGUCAUCACCUCCAGAAAUUAUUGAACUCUUUAAAUCAGAGGAAAUAUGGCUUGCUCCACCUCAGUUCUAUGAGCUAUGUAGGCUGUGCAAUUUCUCUUCGCUCCAUGAGUUACACAAGUUCAGCUCUGACCGAGCUCUAGAGGGAUGUGAAUGCUGGAUGCCUGUGAUGUUAACUGCUUCAGAUGGCUACAUCCAGCUACUGCCGGGAGAUGAGUUAUAUCCAGAAGAUCCAGAUUAUACAGGAGAAAAGAAAAUAAUCAUGUCAACAGACAAGAAGGUUGAAGAUCUCAUGAAAGAGGGUAGUAUAUUUCACAGGAUAGUAAUAAAAAACAUCAACAGUCUUGCUGUCUAUGUUAAUAUUCAAGCAAAAUAUAAACAUAUAAAUCCAUUGACAAUAAACUCUACCUGUUCAGAUUACAAUAGCAAAUUAUAAUAUCUGUUUGGUUUAAAGAUAGAAAUUUUUUAAUUACAUAUAUAUUCACUGUGAGGUUUGCACUUUUCUAAUUAGUGCCAAAGUCAGGAAAAUUUUCCUUUGUCCUGCCAAACCAUUUUGCAUGUGCAAUUUGAGUUAUUUGAUUUGAGUAACUAAUUCUUUGAAAUAGAACAGUUGUGCCAGUUACAAUGUUCAGAGGCCACUGAAAAUUUAAUGUAACCAAUUGUUGUGAUUUCAUAUUAACAACACCGAACAAUUAUUAUCAUAUUCUACUUACAUACUAACUUUAGAAAUAGCUGCAACACUGGUCCACUGGGUUACAUAGGUCCUUUUCUCUCUGAAAAUUUAAGUAUAUAUUAAGUUCAGACCAAGUAUGUUUUCGGUUGAAGAAUUGACUAUGCUUCCAAAAGUUACCCAUUAAACAACUGUAAUAUGCAUCUAGAAAUUAAUGAAAUCUCCUGUUCCCUAUCUGCUGACAUCUCCCUAUUCUCUUUUUCAUUCUGGGGAAAAUCAGUAUAUAUGUAUAUAGAGAUUUAUUAGCUGAAAGUCACUUUUUAAAAACAAUACUAUGGAAUUAAUAUUAGAUUGUAAUAUUAGAUACGCCUAGAUUAUAUUUACUAAUGACAAUAUAGUCAAAACUAGUUUUCAAAAGUAGGUAAUUUACACAAUGGUAUCUGUCAGAUUUAAUGCAUUCUCAGGUUGGUUCUCAGGGAUUUCGGGUUGGUUGGUUUUGUCUUUUUUUUGUGCAAUGUGUGGAAUAAAUGGAGCAGUGAUGCGACUUCUUUACCUGGAAGAAGUAAGUACGAUGACUUGACAUUAGCUAGUAAAGUUCUUCAGAAACCUU